AUGGCAUCUGCCAGACAAGUCGGAAAAAUGGCGUCUAAAAUGAAAGCGGCCGCCGCAAAAGUCACUUUACAGCCAUAUUUUAAUUUAACAAUACCCGCACAACAAGCUUCACCAGCUCCUCCUUUGGGACCUAUUUUAGGACAACACUCAUUAAAUAUUGCUCAGUUUUGUAAAGAUUUUAAUGAUAGAACAAAAGAUUAUAAAGAAGGUAUACCAUUACCAUGUCAUGUUUAUGUUAAACCAGAUCGCUCAUACGAACUUGUCUUUUAUUCACCUGAAACUGAUUAUUUAUUAAAACAAGCUGCUGGUUUAAAACGUAGUGCUUUAAAACCAGGGGAGGAACCAGGUGGUCGUAUUUCAGUGAGACACAUUUAUGAAAUAGCUAGAAUUAAAAUACAAGAUGAACCAUAUCAAGGUCUACCAUUAGAAACAAUAUGUCGUGAUUUAGUUUAUCGUGCACAAGUACUAGGAAUAGAAGUUGUUAAAACUAUUAAUGUUGAUGAACAUAAAAAAUAUAUGGAAGAUUUAAGAAUUCUUCAUGAACGACAAGCUAAAGAAAUCGAAGAAGAACAGCAAGCGAAAUUGCUAAGAGGCGCUACAGCAACGGCUACAGGAAAAAAAUAA